UCCUGUGGGCAGCGCCUGACAGGCUCGACGCUCUCCUUUCUGCAGUUCAAGGGAAAGACGAGAUCUUGCACAAGGUGCCCCGACUCUGUCCUCCGCAAAGGAAGGGGGCCAUGGAGACUCUGGGGCUGCUCCUCCUGCUCUGGGUUGCAGAGCUGUCCCGGGCACACAACACCUCGGUGUUCCAGGGCACGGCCGGCCAGUCCCUGCGGGUCUCCUGCUCCUACAACUCCUUGAAGCACUGGGGGAGACGCAAAGCCUGGUGCCGCCAGCUGGGCGAAGAGGGCCUGUGCCAGCACGUGGUCAGCACCCACCCCACCUGGCUGCUGUCCUUCCUGAAGCGGCGCAACGGGAGCACGGCCAUCACGGACGAUGCCCUGGGCGGCACACUCACCAUUACGCUGCGCAAUCUUCAAGCCCACGACGCUGGCCUCUACCAGUGCCAGAGCCUCCACGGUAGCGAGGCCGACACCCUCAAGAAGGUCCUGGUGGAGGUGCUGGCUGACCCCCUUGAAUCCCAGUCCAAGAGCUUCCAGGAUGUCCAGAUGGAGCACAGCAUCUCCAGGAACCUUUCGGAGGAGAGCCUCUUCCCACCCACCUCCACCCUUUUCCUCCUGGCCUGCGUCUUUCUCAGCAAGCUUCUAGUAGCCAGCGCCCUCUGGGCUGCAGCCUGGCAUGGGCACAAACAGAGGACAUCCCCAGCCGGUGGGCUGGACUGUGGCCAUGACCCAGGCGACCAGGACCAAACCCUGACAGAUGAGCUUGGCGAGAGCAGUGACCAGGACCAAACCUUGACAGGAUUCCAGUCCCCUUCAAGGGGAUCAAACCCCAAAGCCUCUGAACACGUCUCAUUGUCGUGCCCCUUCCCCACCUGGACCAGCCUGGGCUGCUCACUUCCUGCUAGAGAAGGAAUGUCGCCCAUUCCUCACCCAGCCACCAAAUAACCUGUUCCCCACGCAAAUAAGGACCAAUCAGAAGACCAAUCAGAAGAUGGAAUCGGGUCUUCAGGCCGCAUUGUGGGGUAUAAAGCUAUUGCAGAGUGAGUCCCUUUUAACCUGCGUGCACGUGAGUCCCCUCUCGCUUCCUGAAAAUGUACUUUCACUUUAAUAAAUUUGUAAAACAUCC